AUGCCAAGCCUCCCAGUCAAGCAACCACCACGCCGGAUGGCGUUGGAGAAACAACAGGAUGCUGACCAACAGAUACAACAGAGCCUGGGGGCGGGGCUGGCCCGCCGCAGCAACAGCAGUUGGGCAUCUCCCAUAGUGAUGGUAAAGAAAAAAGAUGGGACGUACCGCCUCUGCAUAGACUAUAGAGGCCUGAAUGACUGCACAAUCAAAGAUGCAUAUCCUCUGCCCCGCAUCCAGGACACGCUGGACACCCUCUCUGACGCCAAGUGGUUCAGCACCCUUGACCUCGCGGCCGGCUACUGGCAAGUCGAACUGACCCCAAGAGCACGCAAAGCAGCAGCAUUCUGCACCAAAAGUGGACUGUUUGAAUGGAAUGUCAUGCCAUUUGGACUGUGUAAUGCCCCGGCGACAUUCCAGCGCUUGAUGGACCGGGUGCUGGCCGGCAUGCAGUGGGAGACCUGCCUAGUGUACCUAGACGACAUCAUCGUUUUGGGCAGCGACGUUCCACAGAUGCUGCAGCGGCUGGGCCAGGUUUUCAGUCGUCUCGACCAGGCCAAAAUGAAACUAAAACCAUCUAAGUGCUGCCUCUUCCGCCGCCAAGUAGCCUACCUGGGUCACAUCGUUUCAGAGAGCGGUGUGGCCACUGACCCCAACAAAGUCCAGAAAGUGCAGGACUGGCCAACACCGACAUCAAUCCAAGAUGUCCGUCGCUUUGUGGGCCUUGCAUCUUACUAUCGGCGGUUCGUUAAAGACUUUGCUUCCAUUGCAGAACCUCUCCAUGCCCUGACCAAGAAACAUGCCCAGUUUCGCUGGUCUGAGGAAUGCCAGGCGGCAUUUAAUGAACUUAAAGGCUUCGACGUCGGUAUCGGCGCUGUUCUCUCGCAGGUUCAGCAGGGUGUGGAACGUGUGCUAGCCUAUGGAAGCCGCAAGCUGUCCACAACUGAACAGAAUUACUGUACCACACGGCGAGAACUGCUAGCCGUGGUCGACUUCACGUCACACUUUAGCCAGUAUCUCCUAGGGUGGCGCUUCACGGUGCGCACCGACCACAGCAGCCUUCGGUGGCUAACAAGGAUGAAGGAGCCUGAGGGACAGCUCGCCAGGUGGCUCGAGAGACUUGGCGAAUACAACUUCGAGAUCAUCCAUCGCUCUGGCCAGCUUCACGGCAACGCAGACAGCCUCUCCCGGAGACCCUGCCGUCAGUCCUGUCCUUGUAAGCUCCCCAGCCCAUCUCCUCCUCAGUUGAACAUCAGUCACCAGGCUGUGCAGUGCAAUUUGGACUCUGACAUCAACCAGGCGAUGCUGAGUCCAGUGGGGGUAGAGAGACACCCAGCUCCCGCAGAAGCAAGUCUAGUGGGGGUAGACAAGGCCCUGCCAGCUGACUCUAACAACUUAAAGUCCCCCGAGAAAAUAUACCUGACUAAGGCAAAAGAAAAUGAACUGUUUGGUGGUUGGUCCCUGGAGGAGCUGCGACAAGCCCAGGAAGACGAUGCAGACAUUGCACCCAUCAGAACCUGGUUGGAAACCAGCAGAGAGCGUCCUGCAUGGGUAACAGUCUCACCAUGCAGCCCAGCCACAAAGACAUAUUGGAGCCAGUGGAAACGCCUCUACAUCAGAGAUGGAGUGCUGGUUAGACGUUUCUACUGCCUGGACGAUACCCAAUUCUAUCCACAAGUACUGCUGCCCCGCACCUUCCGGCCAGACAUCAUGAGACAGAUGCAUGAGGGACAAGUUGGCGGACAUUUUGGUGUAGAGCGCACGGUAGCUCGGCUGCAAACCCGAUACUUCUGGUACAGAAUGAGGGAGGACGUCGCCCUGUGGUGUAACACCUGCACCAGCUGCGCAUCAAAAGCCAGGCCACGGAAAACACCACAAGCCCCCAUGGGCACUGUUCGAGUCGGAGCGCCGAUGGAGCGCAUCGCUUUGGAUAUUAUGGGGCCACUGAAUGAGACUGGACGCCACAACAGAUAUGUGCUGUUGGACGACCUGGUUUAUCGAAUCCAGAAAGGGCCAAAGACUAAAGUAAAGGUGGUUCACCACGAUCAGCUAAAGCCUUAUCGCUGCCGGGACCCACUGGACAAUACUUGGGCCCUGGAGCAAGCCCAGAGCUGGACACCAAUGGAGGUGUCACCCCCAGACAACGUAGAUCCUGCUGACACUCUACUGGGUCUGCCCCAGCUCUUCUCCAACACUGAUGACAGCUCCAGCUUUCCCUCAUCAGAUCCAGCUGUGGACAUCCCUGUAGCUGCUGCUUCUCACCUUGACUCCUCUGUUCCUGUGGAGUUAAAGGACAGUGGGGGUUGUGCGGCGGUGCAGCACCCUCAGAGCCCUCGUUCUCAAAGGCCCCAGCGCAGGCGUAGACCACCGACUCAGUUUGGUGAGUGGGUGGCUCACUGA